GACAACUGAUUAUUGAUAAACGUCCAGUAUGGUUUUAUUUUUCAAUUUUUAUGCUCUUUAUGUAGUUUAAUGAUGCGAUUUAAGUACGUGAUCUUUAUUAUCGUUGUAUUCUUAUUACUGUACAAUGCUUUUUUGUGGUUAUUUUUCGCUUAUCUGACAGGUUGCCACACAUCUUCUAAUGAAUUUAAUGGUAAAGUAACUAAUCCAGUUAGAAAUAGUCUCACAAAUAAAUUUCUCUCCAUCCCAAAGCCAAUCAACACUCAAGUUACAUCAACCAUAAGAACAAGGCAAAACUUUCAGUUACGUGAACAAGAUCCUCGAUGGAAGAAACCCAGGGGUGUUGAGCAAAGGAAUGCCGGUAUAAGUUGGCUAAGAGCAAAUCUUAAAAGAGAAACUGCAAAUGGUGUGGUAUAUUUUGUGGAUGAUGACAAUACUUAUGAUUUGGAACUGUUUGAGCAAUUGAGAUGGACAAGAAAGGUAUCAGUGUGGCCUGUAGGUCUGGUUGGCGGUAUGAAAUGGGAGGGUCCCAUUUGUGAAAAUGGUAGAGUGUUGAAAUUUUGGGCUUUCUGGAAAACAAACCGACAUUUUCCAUUGGACAUGGCUGGUUUUGCAAUCAACGUGAAGCUAUUUUUAGACAAGCCAAGUGUAGUUAUUGAUAUAAAUGCACCACUUGGUUUUUUGGAGUCCAAACUGUUGGAGAACUUUGUUUCUCAAGAUGAACUUGAGCCUUUGGCUGAUAAUUGCAAAAAUAUACUUGUAUGGCAUACACAAACUGCUGAACCAAAAAUAAAGAGAAUGAGUCAAUUAUCAGAUCCUCCAAUGGAAGUAUGAAACAUAUUAAGGCUAAGAAAAAACUAUCCACUAUUGAAUGAAGGUACUCACUGACAUUGCUAUAGGGUGUGAGGAUGGGCACAUAGUCUCCAAAAAUUGCUGUGCAAAAUUUAAAUGCCUUACUAUGCUAAGCCUUAGGGUGUGUUAUUAUGCAAUCAUUGCUUCUUGACGUUAAGUUAAUUUUCCAGCAGAAAAAUUUGUUUGCUUUUACAAAGACAUUUAUUAUAAUAUUGUAUGCUUAGCAUAUUGAUACAGCAUUGAAAUAAUAACAAUUUUUGUUAAUUUCUAAAA